AUGGCACUCGAGUUUGGCGUCGAGCUGCCGCAUCGGGCAGCAGCCAUCGUCCCCGCCCUGCACGACGUUGCCAUGCUUGCGAAUGGAAGCACCACGGAAAGCAGUGACGAUAUGGGCGACUAUGAAGAUGGAAGUAAGGAUUCUGGGGGUGAUGAUGAUGAUGAUGAGGAGGAGGAGGAGGAAGUGGAGGAAGUGGAGCCAUUGUUGAAGCGCGCUCGUUCUGAAUCGUCGUCCACGCCCGCACAGGAGUGA